AUGGGGGCCAAGCUGCUCUGCCUCUGCCUCCUCACAGCCUUCCUUGCCUACUACAUUUACACCCCCCUUCCUGAGAGCCUAGAGAAGCCUUGGACAGUGAUGCUUAUCUCUGCUAUCUUCAGGGCCUUUGGGCAUCUGUCUGAGGCUGCUGAUCUGCUGGGGGUGAUGCACUACAUGGAGGCUUUGAGGCUGAUCACAGUUUUGGAGUACAGCACGGCCACACCCAAUGAAAACACCACUGUGACAGACACCGAGUUCAGCAACAUCCCUGUGCGCCUGUACCUGCCCAAGAGGGCACCUGAGGGCCUAAGAAGUGCCAUGGUCUUCAUCCACGGUGGGGGAUGGUGCUUGGGAGAUGCAGGCAUGAAAUCCUACGAUCACUUGUCGCGGAAGACUUCAAACAAGCUAAAUGCUGUUGUGGUGUCAGUCAACUACAGGUUGGCCCCUGAGCACCAUUUCCCCACCCAAUUUGAAGAUGUGUAUUCGGUGACAAAGUUCUUCCUCCAGAGCAGUGUCCUGUCCCAGUACAAGGUGGACCCCACGCGGGUCUGCAUCGCGGGGGACAGCGCGGGGGGAAACUUGGCUGCAGCUGUGGCACAACAGCUGUUGGAGGACCCUGAAGUCAAAACCAAGCUCAAAGCCCAGAUUUUGAUCUACCCUGCUCUGCAGGCCCUGGACCUGGAUCUCCCAUCCUACCGAGACAAUGCUCACAAGCCUAUCUUGCCCAAGUCACUCAUGGUCAGGUUCUGGAGCGAGUACUUCACAUCCGACCCCUCUCUCAGGGAGGCCAUGGCCUCCAACAGCCACGUCCCUGCUGAGUCUGGACACCUGUUCCAGUUUGUGAACUGGAGCCACUUGCUGCCCGAGGAGAUGAGGAAAGGUCACACGUACACGGGUCCCACCUUCGGCAGCACGGAGCUCGUGCGCAGGUACUCGGGGUUCCUGGACCCGCGGGCGUCCCCUCUGCUGGCCAGUGCCGCGCGGCUUGGCUGUUACAUCCUCACCUGCGAGCACGACGUCCUGCGGGACGAUGGGGUGAUGUACGCAGAGCGGCUCCGCGAGGCGGGUGUGCGGGUCACGCACGAUCACGCCAACGACGCCUUUCAUGGGGCACUGAUGUUCAUUUCACCUCCAUUCGAGCUGGCUGUGGGGCACCGGCUGCUCAACAGAUACAUGGACUGGUUACAGGAGAAUCUAUGA